AUCGUUUCUUAAAUAUAUAGACAAUAGAGACAUACUUUUAUUACAUACAAAUAUUAACUUAGAUGAAAAUACUGUUUAAGAACUUGGAAAAAUAUACCUGUCUGGAAAUGCAGAGUAUAAGUAACAGUAACCGAGAGGAUUCGGAAACAGAAAAGAAAGAAAGUACAAAAGAUAACGGAAAUCUACAAACAGUACUUUUUAUAUUGAAAUUAAAAGUUACUCGUUUAACAAGGCAACUGGAAGAAGUAACAAUGGUCAACAAAUAUUUGAACCACGAAUUGGAAGCCAAGUCUGAAAUAUUGGUUGCUGCUAAUGUUAAAAUAUCAACCUUAAAAAAUCAACUGCAACAAAAAGAUUACGUUGUAAAAGAAUUAGAGGUCAAAUACAAACAUCUUAAAGAAACUGUUGGUAAUCGUGAUCCAGAUGAAUUAAAAGUAUUGGUUUUAAAGCUCCAAAAAUAUGAAGAGUUAAUCAGCACAAGCCACGAAAAAAAUUCCAUUCAAUAUGACUCUGAUGCAUCAAGCUCUGAAAUCAAACGUUUGAAUGAAUUAGUAAAUACUUUGCAAGUUCUCAAUUCUUACAACAAACAGUCUCUUCAAAAGGAACUGGAGCACAGACAAUUAAUGGAAAGUGAAAUAAAUAAACUACAGGGAGUUAUAGAGACAUUAUCAGCUACAAAUAGAAAAUUGCUAUAUGAAAAAGAUUGGAACAAAGCUAGAAGAAAAUCACUUAUUUACAAACAAGAAGAGCUUCUGAGGAAAAAUGCAAGCCUUCAAGAAUACUCAGACAGUUUGAGAGAAAAAUAUGAAGCAUUACUCUUACAAAAAAAAAGAAAAAAGCGAAAAAAAAGUAAUGAGCUAGAAACUCAGAAAAUUAAAACCGAAGAGCCAAAUCAACAAAAUAUAACUCCGACAACUGAAAUAAAGAGAAAUUGUAGAUCAGAAGAAAAACAGGAAAUGUCUGAUAUUGAUACAGGAAUAUACAGAAUAAAAGAAAUACUGCUUAAAAAUUACAACGAAGAAAAGGAAAAAGCGUCAAAACUAAAAGAAAAAUUAGAAUGUAUGACAAUGGAAAUUUCAAUUUUACAAGAGGAGAAAGAUAACUUUGAAACUAGUUUAAGAACAAGUGAGGAAAAUUAUACCAGGCUUAAAGCUUGUUUUGACAAAUUAGCUGUAACUCACAAGAAUUUAAUAGAUUUUAAAAAUGAAGAACAAAUAAAAAUUAACGAACGGAUUAUAAAACUGAAUGAACGUUUAGAUUCCCUUGGAAAAAUACUAGUAGAAAGGUGAACAUACUUUUAAAAAGUAUCAGAAUUAAAAUAAUAAGUUGAAAUUUACUGACUUCAUCCUGCAAUUGUUUAGCAACAAUUUCGCUUAGUAGCCGUCAUCGACUUCAAAUAUUUUUAUGUGAACACAACUAACUAGGCAUAAGUUGCUUUGUUGCCACUUAUUCAUUUUAUAUAAGCUUUUGUCAAAAAGCUUAUUCAUUUUUAUUCACUAACUUCAAAUUGUUUAAAGGGUAGGGUAGGUAUACAUUGAUGAAAGAUUGAUCUGUGACCCAAAUACAAUUUCUUAAAUGGUACUCUUUUUUAUCAACAUUUUAACUAUAUGCCAACAUGAUAUGUUCAAGAUGAAAAUUAUGAA